UAAUAUACAUUUUUGUAUUCUAAUCUGAUGGAGUACAGAACAAGAACCAGCAGUUUGAUUCUUGACAUGUGAAGAAAAGAUAUCAGUUCAAUUUCAAUACAAACUCAAGGACCUGAAGCAUAUGAAGAGUAACAAAAGAUAAGUGAACAACAUGGCCAUUGUAUAAUUUAACUUGGUGGAUACUAGUUUUUGAAUUUCUGUGCCUGCAAAAUGGCAUAUGAAUCACCUGCAGGAACUAGAACGUCGCAAUCUCCUCUGUAUUUUUAUUGAGUACUUGCAAACAAAAUAUACAAGGGAAGGAUGAUAGUAGAAUGAAUCAGAUAAGAGGAUCGAAUAUACAAUGCCUUCACUACAAAAGCAAGUCAAGAAUUUUUCACAUUGGCGCUUGCAGUGGUAAUGGGGAAGUACCAGCCGUCACCCAAGUUAUAGUUGCUGCUAAAGGAGUAACGGAUCCUUUAGUUCAAUCUAUAAGAAAAUUCGGAGAAAGUAACUUUGAAGCAGGUAAGAGACCUGACUUGAGUUUUGGACCUUUUGGUCAUGACUUUGGAUCAAAUUUUCGCAACAAUUCAGGAGCCCGAGGCAGUUCUGCAAAGCCCGGGGUUGUGCAUAAAAUUCAAUCCUGUUUCUCAGAAUUGAUGAUGAAGUUUGCCAUAGCACAAAAAAUAUCAGGUGUUCACAGCAUCCUCCCAGCAUCACUAAAAAGUGGCAUCAAUAUUUUAAAUGAUCCAAAAGAUAAAUUUUCAAUCGGAACUAUCACAGAAAUGACAAAGAGUGUACCUGAAAGCAUAUCUCAGCUAAGCUUGUCACAAAAUGGGAAAUCACAGACAGUUCCUUCAAAAACUUCAGCUUUAAAGGGCCUUCCAUUAGAGGGACCAUAUGGCAGCCGUGCACAGAAGGUUAUUGAUAGUUUCCGAAACAAUCCAGCUUUCAGCGGUGAAGAAAACAAAGUGCCAAAUGACAAACCACAGCAAAAUGCUGAGCGCUUGGAGUCAGAGAAGCUGCUUAAUAUGGUCCUGAAGCAUCAACAAGUCAUCGAGGAACUGCUAGAGGAAAAUACGAAACUUAGGGAGAUUAUGGUGGAAGAUCUGAAAAUUUCACCAAGCAAACUACAAGGUAGCUGCUCGAAUAGUAGAACAUCAUCUUCAACUGACUGCUCUCGGAGUGACAAGGGGCUGUGAAUAAGACACAGACUGAAAAAUAUUAGCAAAGCAAAAUUUGUGUAAAUAUUCAUGUUUUUCAUAAUCAGUAUUCCUAAAGAAGAAGUUUUUAAGAGUUCCUUCGUGAA